AUGGAACUAUUGUUUUCAGACGAUGGUUAUGGCAAACAAAUAUCGCCUCAAUAAGAGAAUUUUUCUAUUCAAACAGCAAAAGUAAAUAAUAUUCCGUCGUAUAGGCUAGUAGUUUUAUUUUUUAUUAAUCACAUUCCUAACGUAAAAAAAUAAUAUAUACAAGAUUCUCACCCCCCCCCCCUUUCAAAGGUCGGGUAUAUUUUUUGUUGAAAAAAUUAUUUUACGUAAUGAAAAUUAUGAUUUGUAAAAAAUUAUAUAUUUUGAUUUUUUUAAACUUUAUCUAAAAUUUAUUUAUCUCACUUAUUUUUGAUCUUUUAAAUAUGACUUAAUUUUUGAAGACUCAAAAUAAUUAUGACAAGUAUUAUGAUUUUGUUUAUUUAACCCAUUGUUAAACUUAUUUCACACUGAUUUUAUUUUUAAUAUUUUAAUUUAAAUAAAAUAUUUUAUAUUUUUAACCCGCUCUGUAUUGAUAAAAUUAUUUUUGUAUGUUUUAAAAAAAUUCUAUAAUUUUAUUAAACUUAGUUUACAUGAUUUAAUUUUUCAUUUUAAAUGAAACUAUUUUUUUAAGUAUUUGAGAUAAUUUAGACCUGCAUUAUGGUUUUGUUAAUUUAAUCAUUUGUUAUUUCAACUUGAUUUUAUUUUAGUUGUUUAAUUUAAGAAAUAUUAAAAUAAUUAUUAAUAAAUAAUUAAUGAGUAUUGAAAUGGUUAAUUCUUAAAAGUACUCUUAGUAGUUUUAUUUUUUUAUUAAUCACAUUCCUAACGUGAAAAUAUAAUAUAUAUAUAUAUAUAAUGUAUAAAUAGGUUUUGCAUGUUCAUUUAAGAAUUUUAAAAGACUAUUAAAUGAUAUAUCGGUUGAUCAUUAUAACACUUUCGUUUUCUCUUAAUAACAAAGAUGAGAUACUAUGUCACAUUUCACGUAUAAUACUAUUUUCCAAAUGAUGUUCAUACUCAAGCUGUCAAAUCAGCCCAAUAAUAUAAGGGAUUUGGUUUGACGUAACGAUUACCAAAUUUUGUAAUAAAAAUAUAUCAGAGAACUAUUCCCUUGUGGAUUGGAUUCAUGCAUAAAUUUUUUGUUGCAUCUAGAUCUUAAAUCUCUGUGCAUUUUAUAAGAAAAUUUACUCUUUUAGAUAAAUAUAUAUUCUGAAAUUGAUAAGAAAAUUGAAUUUUAAGACUGUUAUAAAUAUGAGUUUAAGAAUUGUAAAGUUAUUCAUUUACUUAAUAAUAUACAAACACUAAAACAUAUAUUUGACUUAGUUUUGCUCUUUACUUUCUUUGAGUUUAAUUCGCGUUUGUUCAUUUCCUUAUUGACGAUGUUUGUAACUGAAAAUUCACAAUUAUUUUUCUUAGAAUUUGACAAUUCCACAUUUAUGGUUGCGCAUAACGCUAGAUAUUUGUAUCGCAUGUAAAUAACAAUCACGAUUGGUCUAUAAUAAUAUGUAUAACCUAAAUCGGGUGUAAAUGAACAUUUACUUGCACACGAAGACGCUCCCAUCAGUUGAUUUAAAAGAGAAAUAUGUGUGUGGAUACUGGAGAAGCAUUUAUGAGUAGGGCCGUAGAUGAAAACAAUAUGAAUUGAAUAACUGGGGUUUUGUAAUUAAAUAGGAAAGCAGUAUGACUAAAUGAGGCACGACCCAUGCAUCUUACAUGUGCUCCACAUACCACUUCCGGGCCUUGCUUUCCCUAAAACUGAUUCAUCCCCAUGGUCAGUCCAUUCUCAUUGCAUUAAUUUCUUUCAGUGUCAUACUCAUGCCCCUAAACUAUGAAAAAUAAAAACAUAUUUUUCAUUAUUACUUACUUUGCUUCAACAUCCAAAAACUAUAAUAUCAUAAUGGUAACAUCACUACGGACCACUCUUGUGAGUAAAGUUAUGUUGAACGAUUAAAUACACAUCUAUACUAUUAAAGCAGAAUUCUUCUUAUGAUUAUACCCCUGACUUUUUUAAAAAAUUACAAAACAUACCAUUACUUUUUAAAAUAUCUUUAAUGAUUUACAGAAAUUUAAAGCCCAUUGGAUAGGUCCAAAAUUGAAUUAUUGUUAACCCAUUAAGCCAUUUUGGUUAAAAUAUAUUUAGUGAAAAUCAUUAAAAAGAUUAUUUUAUUUUUUAUACAGAGAUUAUACAUUUAAGAGAUAAACAAAUAUAUUAACCCAUUAUGCCAAUUUGUGUAAAAUAUCUAUAUUUAAAAUCAUAAAAAGCAUGUUUUAUUUUUAUUGAGAUUAUACAUUUAAGAAAUAAACAAAUUAAUAUAUGUGAUAUAUUUAAUAAUUAAAAAACAACGGAUUUGCAGUCCUAUAUGUGUAAACACAAUUUUACUAAUAACAAAUAAAUUACAUUACAAUUUAUAAAAAUAAAAACCAUAUUAGAUAAUAAACUAUUCAAACACAUACUCGCACUAAUUAGAAUUAUAAUUUAUAAAAAUAAAACUAUAUUAGAGAAUAAAAUAUUGAAACACAUCUAAUUAGAAAUAAUAUUAAAAUUUGAAAAUGACAUUUUAAUAGAUAGAAUACCCGCCCUUUACCCUUUUAAAGGGCGGGUCAGUAUCUAGUAUUCAGUUAUAACUAAAUACAUUUUGGGGGGUCAAAGUUGUUAUCAAAUACUUAAGUUAGUGGUUAAACAGGCGAGAAAAACGACAUCUAGAUUAUAUAUAAACAAACUUGUAGUCAUUUGUCAAGAGAGAAUGCUCAUACUCUUCACAGGUAUGGGAAGCUCUCAUGAAGCGUGUUCUGAACGAUCAAUACACGGACCGCUGGAAAAGGAUUACUCGACUUAUAACUGACUCGAGUUGGGAUAAAGUUAAGCUAUUCACUGUGAGAUAUGCCAUUUAGUUAACAGUUCAUACACUUUGGAGGAAGAUGAACAAGAGGAGACAUGGGGAAUCUGCUGUUACCGCACCAGUUUUGGUUCAGAGGUUGGAUAAGGCUAUGAGAAAUCAGUUUAGUGUUAUCCGUAGGAGGGGUGAUAGAGAUUAUGAAGAUUGUAUGGCCAUGUGGUUUGAGUCAAGAGAGUUGGGAUAGAACCUUAUUUUUUAUCCUUAUUAUUUUUUACAAUUUCAAAAAUAUGAUAUGAAAAGUUGUAAAAGAUAUUUUUUCUUUUGAAUUAAAUUUAACAUUCAAUUCAAAAAAAAAAAAAAAGAAGACGCAAGGCAGAUGGUCUCGAAGAAAUACUAACAUAAUUCUCAGCCACAAAAAAAAGAGUAGUAUGCGCAGCUACAUAUGAUUGAUGAUAAUCCUCUUAAGUGACGCUACUUUUUCAAGCAAUUAGAGUAGCUCCCCCUAUUCGUAACAUCAGCUACUUACAAGUUAUGUGCUAAGAUAAAAAUUACUAGAUACACAUGGUAACUACAAUAAUGCACAUCCUCCUCAUCGUACACAUGCUAAUCAUCGACCUGAAGGGACACCAAUUGCAUACGCCGUAAGCUGAGGAGAGAACUAAAACUGGAGGAUCCGCUAGAUACUUCGUUGGAUAGGAGAUCAUCACCAUUCACCAACGUGAUUCAUAUUGUCAAAAACUGUCAAAGCACGUUAUGUAACUCUGCUUUGUUUUGGUACUAGGAACUAAUUACUCUGCGCAAGGGUGUAAUUUGUUUAUUAUUAUUAUUUGUUGUAAAAUGGCUUGUUUUUAAUAUUUUAUACUGGUUUAAUAUACUAAAAUUAAUAUCAAUGAUGUAUUUCAUAUAAAAAUAGUUUCAUUGAAAUUGUAUGAUAAUUUUUUAUUUUUUAAAAUAUAGUUCUUACGAGUACACAUUAUCAUCAAUGUCUUUAAGCAAAUCUGGCUUGAUCUUAAUAUUCCAAUUUCAACCGAUAGUUCCAAUAAAGAUAAAUCAUAUACUAUUAUCUAUUUACCCUAGUUAAUCUCUAAUAUAAGUAAAUAUAAUUCUAGAAUAAUGACACUAGCUAUUUUAUCAUAUGCAUGGUUACAAAUAUAGCUAGAGCCUAGAGUCUUACACUCAGGGCCGUGCUUGACUUUUAUGGCCCCCCAAGCACAAAAUAUACUUUUGGGCUUUUGAAGUUUUGAUGACUUAUUUUUAAAAAAUAUUAAAAUUUAUGGGAAAGAGAAAUCGAACCCAAGCAUGUGUUUAAAGAUCUUUGUAGCAUCGAAUUGGACAAAAAUUAGUAGAACUAACUACACUUUGGUAAAAAAAAUUAAUCCUUAAAUUACUUAUAUACAUCAGGAUUCCAAACAUGUGUUUGGUCAGCCUAUAGUCAAGCACGGUAUGCUUACACUUGUAUAAUGGUGUCAGUGAAUUUCUGUAGAUUAUACGCCUAUUAAUAAGAUUAACUCUAUUUUCUUAAGUUCUAACUGUUUGAAAUUACAUUAUAAUUGAUAGUUUUAACAAAAUUUAGCAAUUUUUAGUCUUUAGUGAUUUUAAAAUAAUAACAUAGACGAACAUAUUAAAAAGAGAAUGAAAACAGGUGUUCACAUAUAUUGACAAAGUUCAAAAAUUUAAGCUUAGAUAAAUAUAUUAUACGUAUUAUAAGAAAUCGGUUGAAUAAUUUUAUUGUGUGUUUGGAAACAAAAUGUGAAUAUUUCCAUUAAAAUACAAAAUAGAGAAAAGUAAAUGUAAUGGAUCUUUAAAUACAAAAAUUAAAACUGGAGUUUCUAUUUUUAAAUUCAAAACAAAAAGAUAAGUAAAUGCAACUUGCUUAAUCUUGGUUUGCAGAUUCACAAACAACUAACCCUUGGAGUUAUGUCUCCUAACACAAGAUGACAUAUUCAUCAUUUAAACAUUUUUUAAAAGAGAAAGUGUAAACUGAAACGGACAGAAGUUAAGAUAAAUUGCCAAAUAGUGAGAUUAAUUGAUCAUUUGAAAUGAUAUAUGAACGGAAAUGGAAAGCAGAAAAGUAAUUAGCCGUAAAUCUUGAGUGAAUCUCCUUUAAAGAAUCGAAGGCAUAAAGGCAAAAAAUACUCUAAAUAAGCCGUUUACUUGAAUGUACUUGCUAAACUUGGGAUUCUCUACCAUAAUUAUGAAGAUUUUCAGACAUUAAUGAUUUACCCUAAUGAAGAAUAAAUAGAACCAACUCGUUUUCCUCUCACAUCUCAUUAUUCACAAACAAACACAAACCUCAAAAGAAAACUUAUUUUGUUCCUCUGACCAUGGAACUCAACCUCACUACAUCAUGUUCCUCCAACAGUAUCUCAUCGUCUUCGAAUGAGAUGGGGUUUUCAACCGAUUCCAAAGGGAAAAUGAAAGAGAAGAUUGCGAUUGAGCCAGAGUUUCGCUUCUUGUUAAACAAAGACAGCAUAAGAAACUCUAGUUUCGGAGUGUUAGAAGAGGCAGAAGGGAUGAAGAACGAGGCUAAAGCGAGGGUGUUUGGUUGCACCUUCUGCGAGAAAGAGUUCUCUACGUCUCAAGCCUUAGGAGGACACCAGAACGCUCACAAGCAAGAGCGAUCAUUGGCCAAAAGGCAUAAAGAGAUGGAUAUGAACGAUCCUGGGCUCUCCUUCUACAGCCAGUACCCACCAAGUGGUGAUUUCUUCAGCAGUAGCAACCGCUCGCAGUAUGGUCUUGGGGUUCGUUACAAUCCCAACAUUGGUAAAUCGAAGACUUAUCCCUUCAACAUCUUCCGAUGUCGAUUAGGAUAUAGAGAGCAUAACAUAAAUUCCCAUAUCCCUCUCCUGUCUCACCUCUCGUGCCAAAACACUGACGUUUUUUCCAAAAAUUUGAUUUCAAACCUAGAAGGCAGCAUUCAUAUGAUUAAGGAGGAACAAGGCCGGAAACAAGAACAAGCAGAGACUGAUACCUGCAAGGAUACUGAGAUAGACUUGUCUCUGAAGCUGUAGAUUGCUUUCAUAUAUUUUCUUUUUCUUUUAUUAGUUGUUUUUUUUUAAAAUUAUUCAUUGUGUUUUUAAUCAUAAUGUUAGCUCAUAUAAUUUGAUUUGCGUGGCCUUCUAUUUGAUCAUACCGAAAAAGUAUUCUCUGUAUUUAUGCUAACUUCUAAAUUUCAGAACUUAAACCUUAAUUUUUAAUUAGAUUUAUUGGAAUUGAUUGAUAAUAAGAACAACUCACAAAGAUUCUCAAAACAUUAAAAUAAAAUAAAAUUAAUAAAAUAUUAUAUUGAGUAUCUCGAAAAAACAUGAGGGUUCUUUCUCAAAAUUUCGUCAAUUCAACAUAUAAAGAUAGGUUUCAGCUUGUUUUCAGUUUACUAACUAUGAUAAUAUCCGCGCCUUGCAAUAAAUUUGUUAUUUUUAUUAUGUUUUGGAAAAUGAAACAAUAGUUGGGGUUCAUUUGGAUUAGGGAUGUUUAAUCCGGAUAUCGGAUUUCGAUUCGGUUCGAUUUUUUGGUAUUUUGAUUAUUAAAAUAUAACUACUAUUCUAAAUCCAUAUUUACUUCGGUUCGAUUUGGUUUAUAUACCAUUGGUUUUCAGUUUAUUCAGUUUUAUACCAAAAAACAUAAUUAUUUAGUUUGAGAUUAUAUUAUAUAUUAUACGAAUUUUAGGGUCAUAUUGUCAAAAAGUCAUUUAUUAAAAAAAUAUUAUAUAUUUAAAUAAAAGAAUAAAAAACAAAAAAGGCUUCUAUCAUCUAAUAAAAUGAUCAAAUCUAGAAUUAAUAUCAAAGCUCUAAAUUUUGAAAAAAAAAAACAGAAGCAUGAAAGAAAUUUUUUUAUAUUCUUCCAUAUUUAGUGUUCAUCAAAUUAAUAUGUCUUCGAUUGAACACAACUCUGUUUGUAUAAAGAGAAAAAAAAAGUUGUAAAGAAUUUCAACUAAUUGUUGUCCAUCAAAUUUAUAAUCUUUACUUCAAUUUAGUUACUGUUAAAAUAAAGCAAAAAGAUCCAAAAAAAAA